GCUGAUUCUUCCUAGCCAUGUGUUGUGCCUCCUCCUGCCCCGGGCCAAGUAAAAUAACCUGCAGCAGCAUGCAGGAUUGGCUCCGUUUUUCCUCUAAUCCCAUCAUUUUAAGGACCGUUGAAAAUUCACCUCAAUGCUUGCACCUUUAUUUCGCAGAACCUGUCGUGUAAUAUGUUUUGAGCUGUGAACUGAUGCCUGGAUUAAUUUUGUGCUCCCUUUAACAGGAGAGCUGCUCAGCGGCUGAGUGCCCGUGUGAUUUAACAAGGGACUGCUUAUGAUUUAAAGCGACUUUUUGCAGAUUACACUGUAAGAUCUAGGGGUUCUCUGUAACACCAAUGUGUUACUGCAGGCACUGGCACCUGAAGUGCUGUGGAAGUGUGAGCAGUUGCUGUUCACGUGCUUUGUGUUACAAUUCUCUCUGGUGAGCAGUAGGAACGGCUCUGCCCGGCGUUACAGCGGAACUCCGCGUGCGCAGAGGUGUUUCGGGGCGGAACGGGGUGCUUCCACGCGUCCAUCCCAGUGCGCAUUAAAAACCCACCCGGCUCCAGCCGCACCUGCGGGCCUGAGGGAACGGCCGGGGGGGGCGGGGCCCAAGAUGGCGGCGGCGCGGCUGCGCGUUAGCGCUGGGCGGGAAACUUCGGGCGGGCGAGCGAUGGAGGCGGCGGGCGGCGAGCAGCGGGAGCUGCUCAUCCAGAGGCUGCGGGCCGCGGUGCACUACACGACGGGCUGCCUGUGCCAGGGCGUCGCUGAGGACAAGGGCGUGCUGUUCAGCAAGCAAACCGUCGCGGCCAUAUCCGAGAUCACCUUCAGGCAGUGCGAAAACUUUGCAAAAGACGUCGAGAUGUUUGCCAGGCAUGCAAAGCGAAGCACAAUCACUUCAGAAGACGUGAAGCUUUUGGCUAGAAGGAGCAAUUCUUUGCUUAAGUACAUCACACAGAAAAGUGAAGAGCUUGCAUCAAGUAACAUGGAACAAAAGGAGAAGAAGAAGAAGUCCAGUGCAGCUAAGGGAAGGAGAACUGAGGAAAAUGAAACACCGGUGACUGAAAGUGAAGAUUCCAACAUGGCAUGAUUUACCUUUCAGUAACUUCUCUGGUCUUCCCUUACUAUCCUAGAAGACCAAGGUUAGCCUGCCAGUGAUUGCUCUUGCAGGUUAGCAAGCUUAAGGAAUCUCUAUAAUUUUUUUAGGUAAACAUGCUUAGUUACAUUUUCUUGUUCCAAAAGUGAAAGGACUGUCAGAUUCCAACAAAGUUUACAGCCAAAAUGCCUGAAUUGUUCACUAAACAAAAUCUUACUGUUAUUAAGAAGAAACUCCUUUAUUGAUAGAAUUUAAAGCAAGGCAUAGCCACUGAGCAUAUUCACACCUCAGUAUGAGCAACUCCCUGCAAAGGACAAUUUAAUUUCUCCAAUAAUUUUUUGACCUCUUCCUCACUUCCAUUUCUGACAGAUUUGUUUAGCUAUUAUAAACAUUUUCCUUUUUCAUAGCCGUAUCUCUUGUUGCCUUGGCAAUUAAAGCAUGUUCUGUGUCAUUU